AUGGCUAAUGCUCGUCGAGUUCGUGCUGAGCGCCGGGCCGUCCUCGCCGUCCGUGUCGCCCAGACGGCGCCCACAGGCGAUGGUGCUCCCCGCCGUUCCCCGUCGCCCGCGGCCAACGCUGCCACCGGCCCCGCGGCCCACGAGCAGCAGGCUUCGUCGAUGCAGCCCUCCGUUCGGCGGGAUGGGUGCACCACCACUCUGUCGCUGACCCCGGCGGCUGCUUCGUCGUCUCAUGCUCGUAGCGGGCCGGCAAACGCGCAGGCUGCAUUGCUCAUGGCACGCGAGCUCCUGCGUUAUCGCCCCAUCGAAGACCUGUACGAGGACUGCAGCCGCGGCGCUGGGUCACGCCCUGCGCCCCCAUCCCCGCCGUUCCCAGCGCGCUCCCUGGCUGCGUCCGUCCUGCCGCCCGCUUCCCCUGCUGUAGCUGCGCCCCACGCCGCUCGCCCCGACACCGACCCCUCCUGCCGGCCAUCCGCGCUUGCCGCCCGCCUCUGCUCGCUGCUGCUGUUCCACUGUCGUACCGUGCAGCCCUGCCCCGACACCUGUCCGUGCUGCCCCUCCUCGUCGGUACUGCUGUGGCCUUGCCGUUCCGCGUGCUCGCAACCCCUCCACUCGCGCACGACGUCGCUGGCCGCCGGUGCUCACCUCGCGCGUGCCACACCCGCGCUUCCCCCCGCAGCCACGCCGCUGCCGCCUCCCCUGCUCCAGCUCGCUGCCUCGUCGCGGCUCCGCUGGCCCAACCUCGCUGCCGCCUCGCUCCAUCGUGCCUGCGGCCACCUCCGGCGACGCGCUGGCGCCCGCUCUGCCCUCAUACGGGUCGAGCGCCCGUAG